GCUCUAGAUUCCUCUGCUCAUGGAGGAAACCACCACUGAGAGCUUCUUCUCUCCUCCUAAUCUUCCUCCUGAAAUGAUGGAAGAGAUUCUCUUAAGACUACCCGUAAAGUCAUUAACGCGAUUCAAAAGCGUUUGCAUCUCGUGGAGAUCUUUGAUCUCAGAGACUCUGUUUACUCUAAAACACGCUUUACUCUUGGAGGGGUCCAAAGCAACCACUCGUAAGAAGAGCCCAUACGGUGUCAUCACAACUUCUCGGUACCAUCUCAAGUCGUGCUGCGUCGACUCUCUGUACAAUGAGUCAACGACCAACGUUUUAGAGCAUGAUGGUGAGCUUUUAGGCAGAGAUUACUAUCAAGUGGCGGGGACUUGCAACGGAUUGGUCUGUUUCCAUGUAGAUUACAACAAAAGCUUCUACUUGUGGAACCCGACUCUCAAGCUUCAACAAAUAUUAUCUGGUUCGGAUCUUGAAACGAGCGAUGAGGUUAUUGUAACGUAUGGGUUUGGUUAUGAUGAAUCUGAAGAUGAUUAUAAAGUGGUUGCAUUGUUGCAACAAAGACAACAACAACUGAAGACAGAGGCAAUGAUUUAUUCAACGAGACAAAAGCUAUGGAGUAGAAGCAGCAACACUUGUUUCCCAUCUGGAGUUGUUGUUGCUGACAAAUCAAGAUCCGGAAUCUACAUUAAUGGGACUCUAAACUUUGCAGCUACUCACUCUGACUCAUCAUCCUCAUUGUCGACCAUCUUAUCGUAUGAUAUUUCACGAGAUGUGUUCAAGGAGCUUCAUGGGCCAAGUUGUUGCAAGAGAGGAUGUUUUACAUUGACGCUUGGAGAUUUGAGAGGAUGUCUUUCGAUGGUUUGUUAUUGCAAAGGUGUAAAUGCAGAUGUUUUGGUGAUGAAGGAGGAGUUUGGAGGAGGAGAAUCUUGGUCUAAACUCUUGAGCAUUCCCGGUUUGACUGAUUUUGUUCGACCGCUUUGGAUCUCAAACGGUUUAGUGGUUUUGUUGGAGUUUAGAUCCGGUUUAGCUCUCUAUAACUGUGCCAAUGGAAAGUUUCAGUACCUAGUUUCAGACAGCUUAAGUAGUUGUCGCGACGCCAAAGUUUAUGUCAAGACUUUGAUUUCUCCAUGUGAUCUUUGACCUUUUAAGACUUGGUUCAGUUUAUAUAUAUGCACACCGUUAUUAUACAUCUAGUUAAAAAUCAUUUUCUUGA